GCACAUUAUCAAUAGCGUUACAAUUAUCUCGCCGAAUGUUUUAAUUUCAAAGUUUGAACAGAUAAAAAAAGUAUAAUUAAAAAUAAAACAAUAUAAACGUGACAUUGAACGACGAAGUGACAAGUGUAAGCAGUUUAAAUGUUUCACUCUGUAACAGCUAUACAACAACAGCAAAAAUGAUACUGUCAAAAAAGAAUUUACUUUUCUCAUUUUUAUUUUCAUUGCACUGCAUCUGUUUGGUAAAUUCAAUUGAGUUGACUUUUGAACUUCAGGACAAAGCAAAGGAUUGUUACUAUGAGAAUAUAGAGAAAAAUACAUCUGUCACGUUGGAAUACCAAGUUGUUACUGGUGGUCAAUACGAUGUUGAUGUUAUAAUCGAGUCUCCGUUAAAAGAAAUUCUAUACAGACAAGUGAAAUCACAAUUUGACAGCCACACAUUUGUAGCAACAGUGAGUGGACCAUAUGCCAUUUGUUUUAGCAAUGAGUUCUCAACUUUCUCGCACAAGCUUGUGUAUAUGGACUUACAAGUUGGUGAGGAAGACGCUUUGCCUGGUAUAGGAGAACAAGUAACUGUUAUGACUCAGAUGGAAUCAACAUCUCAAGAUAUUCAUGAAUACUUAAAUAAAAUUAUUGAUUAUCAAACUCACCAUAGAUUAAAAGAGGCUCAAAGUCGUAAACGUGCUGAAGAUUUAAAUCAUCAUGUAGCUUUAUGGUCAGCUACAGAAACUAUUGCAAUAUUAUUAGUCGCGAUUAUGCAAGUAUUUAUGUUGAAAAGAUUCUUUACAGAAAAAUCACCAACACAAACUCAAUAUAAGUCAAUGUAUUAAAACUAUUAGGUUGAGAAUAAAUAAUACUUAUAAUAUAAUAAAAUUACCAAUAAAAAAAUUAUUAUCUUUUUUCUCGAUAUAAUAUUAAGAUGUGUAUACCAGAGACUUAUCGUUGAAAAGAGUUUUUUGUGUGUUAAUUAAUAUUCUUUUAGUCCAGGGUUUAACAAAAACUAUUAAGAUUAAUAUGUACAUAUUAUUGGUUAUAAAUCAUAGUUGAUUGUUAAUAUGCAAAGAAUUCAUAAUCAUGCUUUGUACAUGAAUGUUUAUGAUAUUAUCAUAAUCAAAUUUGAUAAAUCAAAUUGUUUACCUACAUGAUAUCAAGCAUUAUCUAGU